AUGGAGAAGGAGGACACCCGAUCAAGUGGGGAUUGGACACCAGGUGUUCAUAAAGUGCGUCUGUAUUCUUUCCAGAGAUAUACCGCAUCACACGAAAAAGAAGUACGGAAUACCAGAUCUACAUGCAAGAAGGGCGAGACAGCUCCUGCCAGAGGAAGGAGCAGCACUAUUGCUGCUGAAGCAAGGGGACAUUCUGUUGAAAGACGUCAUACUGUUUCUGAAGGAGUCGCAGAGGAUGCGUUUGCAGAAGGUGACCAACAAGGGGAUGUGCCAGAGUCCGACGACGAAGCUGAGGCGAUAGUUGCGAUGAGAGCGACCAAAGCAAUAAUACACUCAUGGGCUGACAGCAAAACCAAGUGGGACGAGGGGAAGAAGAAGGCGGACUUGUAUGAUCUUCCGCUAAUGUCACCAGCCACACUACCUCCCGCCCGCCAAGUGGCUCGAAAACGCCAUAAAAGCCUCAUGAAAAGCAGAACGUCCAGCGCUGAUUUCACGGCCGAUGGAGUCUUGACUGAUCGUGGAGCUGGUUCAGAGGUCAAAGAUGACCCAUAUCAUGAUUCAGAGCUCCAUUCGGAGCCUGAACCGACUGAGAGCAGUGAGGAUGAGGUUUAUCCAAAACCAAGACUUACAAAUGUCCCCAAUGAGGGAGACAACAGUCAAGGUCAUAUUGAACAGAUGAAGAGAUACGCCGAGGACAUCCAUCAACUGAACUUAGAUCCCAAAGACAAAGAUCGCGAUCAUGACUCACGGCUCCAAUCUCCAGAUUCUGGAGAUGCCCUUUCUAAUGACAACCAAGUCAUCAUAAAGGAUUUUGGUUCAUGGAAUCCAUCAAAGAAACAAGAGAGCGAUCAUGAUCUACUGCCACAAUCCCUGGGAUCCGACCACAGCAUUGAUGAGACAAGCGACCGCGAGAAUCAGGCUGUGUCAGACAUGGGCCAGAAACCUGACCAAACAGGAACAUCGUCUAAGACUCUUCAUGCUUCCCACAGCAACGAGCGCGAUAGUCUUGGUUCACGAACCCAACCAUCUGGAUCAGAGCCCACUCUUGUUGAAAUAAGUUCCAUCCACGACGCGGUUGAAAGGCAAAUCGACCUAGAUAUCAACGAAACUAAAGCACCUGAUACUACCCAUCCUCCUGGUAGUUCGCAACCCAAGUCUCCUGGUUCUAUGGAGAAUGCAAGUCGUAAUUCGCACCUCAAGUCUCCUGGGAGUGACCAUACUAAGAGUGCUGGUUCACAACCCACGUCUCCGGUUCGUGGGGGUGCCAUCGUUGAGAGAAGUUCCACCCAGGACCAGAGCGGAGAGGAUUUCGACCGCGAAAUUUGGCUUAACAGCGAUGCACCUCUGCAAGGAAACUACAAAGCUAUACCCCGCGAGGCCCCAAGUCCCGAAUCAAUCAGUCCGAACUAUUCGAGCAAUCCAAGUAGUCGCUCAGAUUCUCUUGUCAUCUCCCCGACUAUCCCUGGUGGACAGCAGAGUCUUGGACACGAGGAGAGUCCUAGCGCUUCCACGGCCAACGCAGACAUUGUGAAUUUCUUGGCUAAAUACAAAGCCAAUUUCCCACUGAUGCCCCCUUCUGGGGAACAAGCAGUCGAAGAUGAGCGAGAGUCCAAAGCAGCUACAGACGGACAGAACGGGAGUUCUCAAGGCAUGAAUCCUCAGCGCUCGGGCACAUCGAGUCCUAACACGGAGGAUUCUCUUCUCCUGUCUUCUGUAGGUCAAUCUCAGCUCCAAACAAUCGUGCAGGCCUCUAACGUAGAAUUUCAGGGGCCAGGCCAUGAAUCUCCCGUCAAGUCCGAUCUCGAGAAGGCGAAAGAGAAAGAAGCCAGCCAAGCCGCACUCGAAAUAUUUGAGCUCUACAGUGCCAAUUACCAAAUGCAAAAAGAUCUCGAGGAGAAAGAAGCCAAGUUCAAGCGAGAAAUUCAAAUAGCCUGGACACACCCGAGGCCUCCACCAACUACCCGAGAGCAGAAAUCAGAUAAGCUCGCCCUCGAGAGAAUUGAAUCAAAGGAGAUAUUUGAUGAACUUGGGGAACAGCAACGACCCGUCAGGACGGACCCCCGGUGGGUCCUCCAUGAAACAGAAGUCAACAUGUUGCUCACCCGUGCACAAAUCAAUUACAUCCUAGAGGAUUAUCCCAAGAUGUAUUCCCACGCUAACCACGCUGCCGUCGCUGCCGGCCCACUCAAAUUCGCCCCCUUAACGGCGAGAUGUUGUUAUUACCGCGGAAUGGCCUCCUACUAUUACCGCGCAUUCACCGAGGCAAAGGACGAUUUCCUGGAGUCUCGAGGCUGCGCCGGGCGCUAUGGAAUCCUGAGUGAGAAUAUCGAGAGAUUUAUCGACAGUAUAGACAAAGCAGAUGAUCCGGAAACGGCCGUACUCGUGCGAGUCCCAGCUCGAAAGUUCACAGAGGUCCGCACGUUCAAGCAGAGAAGAAGAGCCCGGAGCACAAAUGUGGACAACAAGAAUGAGCCCUUGCCAUCAACCGCAGACGAUGCGACGACUCUGGUUGGAGGCUCGCCAAGAUCCCCCGAAGACAGAGCCAUGGGGCUGGCCCCGUUCAGCUCAGCCAACGAAGAGAAGCACUCUGCUGGACCGUCCCGCGGGGACGCCAAUGCCCAAAGCCAAACCUUGCACAGGCCUGAUCACCUGGGUGGAUUGCCACUCGAUGGUGAUCCGCAACCCGGUACUGAAGAUGUUCCAAACUACAAACCCCAGGAGGAAGCCAUCUCAGAAGAGAUCCGCAAGGACAUUUUCGAGAGCAAAGCCCAGAGCUUGAACCCUGUCAGUGAGGCAGGUCCAACAGAAGCAAAUCCCCAAGAGAGGGCAACAUUGUCUCCACCGUCUAUGGCGAGUACUGAGCGGACUUUGCUCGGAAGCAACACCACUCAGGAAACCACGAGGCGUGUGCCUCGGCCGCACGUUGCUCCCAUAACCACGUCAUUCGCAACCGCGAGAAACAACACCGCAGGAGAGGCUUCGGCGGAGGCCACCCCUGCUUCAGGUUACACGGAUGAGGGGAAUUCGGCUGAAAUAUAUGCGGCAUUUGGUGGAAAGCCUCGAGAGGACGCUACUCCAAAUACUGCAGAAUCAUCAAAUGUAUCGAAUUUCGGAUGGUGA